GUUUUUCUCUACAGGUAGAUUCAGAGUUUCCAGGUAAGCAGAAGGUGUGGCGGAAAGAAACGUUCCUCUUCAGAGACAAAGAAGAACUACAUUCAUCAUGGCUUCUUUAUGGGACGAUUUGCAAAGUCUUGUGGAUUCACCGUCGUCUGCUGCUGCUGAAGGCGGACAGAGAGGAACCAUCAAGCCUAAAGCAAACUUUGAUGCAGAAAAAGACGCCGCAGCUCUGAAGGACGCCAUUAAAGGACUCGGGACAAAUGAGAAAGUCCUGAUUGAAAUCCUGACCCAACGAAGCAACGAUCAGAGGCAGCUCAUCUGCAAAGCGUAUGAAGGAGCCACCGGCAGAACGCUGGAAAAAGACCUGAAAGGCGACACGGGCGGAAACUUUGAGGAGCUGCUGCUGGCGCUCAUCACUCCCCCCGCAGCGUACGACUGCCACGAAGUCACCCGAGCCAUGAAGGGAGCUGGUACAAAAGACUCCGUCCUGAUUGAAAUCUUUGCCUCCAGGUCCAAGCAGCAAAUCAAAGCUCUCAAAGACGUUUACAGAAAAGAAACGGAGAAGGACCUGAUUGAGAAGUUGCAGAGUGAAGCUUCUGGAGAUUUUUCCACAGCGCUUAUUCUCCUGGCAAAGGGUGAGAGAGACGGGAGCAACUCUGUAGAUGUAGGAAAAGCAAAGGAAGACGCUGAGACGCUUUACAAAGCCGGGGAGAAGAAGUGGGGCACAGACGAGUCCAAGUUUAUCGAGAUCCUCUGCAAAAGAAGCAUACCUCAGCUCAGGCAGAUUCUAAUCGAAUACAAGAACAUCAGCGGGAAAACGCUGCAGCAGAGCAUCGAAGGAGAAAUGUCUGGAGAGCUGGAGGAGCUGCUGGUGGCUGUUGUGAAAUGUGCGAAGAGUUUACCGGCGUAUUUUGCAGAACUGCUGCAUAAGAGCAUGAAGGGCGGUGGCACCGAUGAGUCCACUCUGACCCGGAUCAUGGUGAGCCGGUCUGAGAUCGACCUGCUGGACAUCAGAGCAGAGUUCAAGAAACUCUACAAACACUCUCUGCUGUCCGACAUCGAGUCCGACGUGUCGGGCGAGUACGGCGACUGCCUGAAGGCGAUCUGUGGAGGAGACGACUGACAUCGUCCGUCUGAAGACAAAAAUAAAUCUGUUUCUUUCA